AAUUGUAGAAUAAAAUGUAAAUUAUAUUUUUAAGAUGCAUUUAAAAAAUAGACUAUGUUGAUACAGUUUGAAAGGUGAUUUACAUUCAAAUUAUAAGGAGAAAUUUGUUCAAUUUCGAGCAACAUUUUCAUUUUUUUCUUUAAUUUUGAAAAGUCAAAGUUUAAUUACUGUUUAGCAUUGAAACAAACACCAUUAUAAUUCAGUUUUUGACAAACACUAUAAAACAGUGAACACUGUGUGAAUAAAAGGCUGGAGUUUGGGGCAGGAGGGGCAGUUUGACCUGCUGUCUGCGUCACUUUGCAUUCUCGUGUAAUUAUAAAGAGAUGCUGCAUACCGCGUGGGCCUUUUGGGAGCCUGACGGUGAGGAGUUCCCAGAUUGCAUCAGUGUUUCGGGGUGUGAGCAGCGCCUGCCUGCCUAUAAAGCCGCAGAUGCAGCAGCAGCACCUGCAGAGCUGAGGAGCCGCUUCAUCUCUGGAGGCUGCUUCUGCACAUGCGCACUACGCUACUUUACAAACUUAGAAGCUGAGUUUUCAUCAUGCUCUUCCUCCUGCUGGCAGUCAUCGGGACUCUAGUGGAUCCGCACCGGGCAGAGAUGGUCACCGGGGCCGGAGAGGUGGACCUCAGCGCAUGCGCCAUCACGUAUUUGGGACAGAGCUAUCGGAAGACGGAAGUGUCCUUUGUGAACUCAUCCAUAAGUUUUUGCUCCUCUGGAGAAAAUCCAGACUGUUUACUGGUGGUGGACGCCCAGGUUGACCGAGCGGCUCUGGAAGUCGUGCAUGAAGUCACAAAUCCUGGGUCGCGCAUCCAUCAAUCGCUGCCAAACAUCAACUCUUCUUCUCCCUGCCGGCUUGACGCCGUUGUGCAAGAUAAAUCAAAUAACACUCACUUUUCCGUUUCAAUCUACAACUUUGGAAAGCAGACGGUUCUGGAAGUCAACGUGACGAGUUUCUUCACCGCGGCAAACAUUGACCUUGUCGUGGUGAUCGGUGGAAAUCCUGUGAAGCGGCUGUCGUUUCCCAAAGCCAGCCUGAAUGGAGAUCUGAUCCUGGAUAUCAGCGGCUGCAGAUAUUCAAAUGGAAUCAUUUACCCCGGAGAGUCAGCGCAGAACGACCCGACAUCCUGUCUCAACGUAACCUGCAGUGCGACGGCAGAUUUGUCGGUUUCGACUAAAUGUGGUUCUGCAGAGGUUUGCCACUUGGGCUCUGGGUGUGUUCCCCGUCCUGACGUCUGCUCCGUCACCGCCUCCGCCGUCAUCGACUUCAACGGCCGGCUCCACGCCGUCUCCGACCGCUGUGCGUACACCCUGAUGAAGCCUCGGGGAGACGCCGGCUUCCACCUCCUGGCGGGCUUCCGGGAGCGGCGCCGCAGAGACGUGAUGUUCCUGGACCACCUGGUUCUGUGGCUGCGCGAGCCGAACGCGACGAUAGUCCUGGACCAAGGAGGGGAAGUCAGAGUGAACGGCGGGGUCAUGCAGCUAAACGAGACGGCUCAGGUGGUCCAGGGGGCGGAGCUUCUGAAGGAUCAGACGGGAGUCACCGCCAGGAUACCCUCUUUUAAUAUAACCGUCUAUUUCGAUGGCACCACCGCCCACGUUGCAGGAACUCCCACCGCCGUAGAGGGUCUGUGCGGCAAUCCCAGCGAUCCCAGUCAAACCACCACCCUGAGCGAAGCCAAGGCGACGGCCUACAGCGAGCCCGGAUGUGAGAUCCAGCACACAGAUCCUGUAAACAAGACGACCGACUGCAACAGCACAGCGGACCGCUGUAAGCUCCUUCAGCACUCGGCCUUCGCUUCCUGUCAACCCCACGCCGACCCGCACGCCUACAUAACCGCAUGCACCGACACUCUGUGCAACUACCCGCCGGCGGACGGGCUGAGGUGCCAGUUCCUCAAGGCGUACAGCGCCACCUGCAGCCUCCGGACCGGAAACACGGCGCAAUGGAGAGAGGCAGCCGGCUGCAAUUUUGACAUUUCAGCGUCCUGCCUGGACCAGUACUGCAGCCCUCACGAGUUCUGCGGAGAACGGAACGGCGAUAUUAGCUGCAUUUGCCGAGCCGACUUUGCCUACAAGCACCGAUCAAAAAACACUUUAGGGGAUCCGGCGGUAUGCACCCAGAGCUCUGCCUCCUUAUCUCUGGCUAUCUGCCUGCUGGAGAGCAAAGGAGUGGACUACACCUCCCUGCACCUGAAGGACCAGAGGUGCCGCGGCCGUGUGAACGCCAAGAGCCACAUGGUGACCUUCGGCUUCUCCCUCAACAACACGUGUGGGACUGAAGCCACGAUGAACGGCAGCCAAGUCCUCUAUACGAACACCAUCAUGACGAGGAACAGGUCUCAGAGCGUCAUCUUCCGCCACAACGCCGCGGCCAUCAACUUCUCCUGCUCCUUCCUGAAGCCGUCCAGCCGGACUUUGGCCUUCAAGGUCAAAGAGAGCUCCAUCGAGGAGCACAUAGUGACGGGAAUCUGGAACUACACUCUGAGAAUGAACGCCUACGUCGACGGCAGCCACACCACCCUGGUGGAGCCAUCCUCUGUGGUGGAGCUGAACCAGAGGAUUUGGAUGGAGCUGUCCACCGAGGGGCUGGACGAUCAGACCGUCGCCAUGGUGAUCAACUCCUGCUGGGCCACCGACCGGCCGCUGGGCAACGACACCGCCAGAUACGACCUCAUCAUCAAUGGAUGCCCGAAUCCUCAAGACAGGACAGUGAGGAUGGACAGCAACGGAGCGGGAACCACCAACUACUUCUCCUUUAGCAUGUUCGAGUUUGUCAACAACAAGGGGGGAACCGAGGAGAUCUACCUGCACUGCAAACUGGAGAUGUGCCUCAAACAUGGAAACUCCUGCAUCCAGAACUGCAAGGCCAAAAGGAGGCGCAGAUCGCUCUUUAGAAGGCCAAAGCAAGCCGUCAUCUCUAUGACCUGGAGAAAGUGAUGAAGAUGCUGACGUCUUCGCAGUGAUUUGCAGAUUGUAAUUUUUUAAAGAGGUUUUUAAGGAAUGAGAUUUAGAACUUGAAGAAACUUUGAACAAAAAUGGAAUUAUGACCUUAACGCUGAAGAGGGAAAUUCAAAGGGUCUGUUCUCGUUGCACUACUGCCUAAGGGUUACUUUAGGGUUUUUCCUAUUAAAAUGUGACAAAAGAGUGCUUAACCAGUGAAAAGGGAUCAAAAGUGAUUUUUCUUUUUUUAACCCUGUAAAGCCCAAUUCAUCAAAUAAUUAACAGAAAAAAAUUUUUUUUCAUAAUAUUUAAAUAUCAAUCAUGAUACAUUAUUUGGCAUGGAAAAAAAUGUUAUUUAGGGGAAAAAAGCACCUUAUUUAGCCAUUGUCUCCAAUUUGAUCCACACAUUUUUAACAUGGUGAAACUGUUAUACAUAAUUAUCUACAAAUGUAUAAUUUUUUUCAAUACAGCAAGUACUCAUUUAAGAAAAUAAAAUAAGAAUAGCUGAGCUAAUCUCACCUGAAGUGUUGAAAAUUAGAAAAACAUUUUCCCUCCAAAACUGCUCUUGAGAUGUCACGGGGGCAGCCAUUUUGAAAUGAGCAGGAAAAGCCCUUCUACUGCCUCUAGUGGAAUGAUAACGUACUGCACAGCAGAAAACAUGGACGAAGUCACAUACAAUGGGUUUUUAAGGAAAGUUUUGAUUAUGCUAAUGAGAUACGGGUCUCAGAAUGUAUCAAAUAUGAUACAAAUGGUUAGACAGGGUUAAUGGGAGUCUCAGAUUAAUGGAUGUUUUACAACGAUGUGUGAAGGCUGCUGUCAUCUGUCCUGGUGUUCACCUGAAUAAAUAAAACAAUGGUUACUUAAUUUAUAAAUAACUUGUAUUUGUUUUUCUACACAUACUUACAGUUUUUGUUGCCCUUUCUGAUGCUUUUAUUGUAAAAAAAA